AUGGCAAGUUCGAUCACUCUAGCAAGCAAAGACCAUGUCUUAUGAAAAUAAAUCUGAUGAACGCGAUCCAAGUUUGCUCACUAAACUGUACAAUCGAGAGAUCCAUGGAUCAGAUCGCAUUCACCGCAAGGCCCGCCCUCAGAGGUUGUUCAAGAAAAUUCCAAAGAGGCUAUGCUACAGACUCUCUGCUUUAAUCCCACAAUCUGUUUUGGAAACAGAAGGAUAUGUAUUCCUGGGCUUCACAAAGUGUGGUCAGUUUGUGGUCUCGUACACAUGUCACAUGGAUGCGGAGGAACAGUCUGGCCUGCCUUGCUACAUGUUCAAGCUGCAAUGGUGGUGGUUUGUGCCUAGCAGACCUCUGGUGAAGGUGUCUGAAGUUCAGUUGUUUGGAGAGGUGGAGAUCUUACAGGACCUCUACAUCAUGUUCUGUGAGUGGCCGGAGGAUAGGACUCAGGUUGUUGUGUUUGGACACAGCUUGCCCCGUGGUGAACAGGAAAGUUGCCAGUGUUACCUGACUGUGACCGCCAUUCCAAGUCUGGCCCCCUGCAAGCAGUGCAGGGACCUGCAGACAAGUCCCGAUGACAAGACCCUCUGUCUCAAGCACAGUUUCUGUCUGCACACCAAGUAUGAGCUCACCCCACCGUUUCCCAUCUUCUUCCCUCGGGUUCAGCUCAAGUGUGACGGCCAGGUGAUCAUCAACACUGGCGACUCCGUGGUGGCACUACACAUCGAUCUGGAUGGCAUGGAACACAAGCCUGAAGGGGCAUCAGUAUUAAAAGUGAAAGAGUUGCUUGUCAGCGACAAAAGCAAAGAGAUGGUGUGCACCUCCCCUGAACCUAAUAGGGAGUUUGUGUGGAACACAGGCACAUCAAAUUCUCUGCCCUUGAGUGUGGACUGCCCUCAACUAUCUACUGAAUCUCUGCCCUCUGUCUCAACUUCAUCGUACAAAACGGAGCAAGUCGAUAACCUGGACUUAACUUUGUGCGCCGAUCACGAAUCGCAAAAGGAAAACACGUCUUUCAACAAUCAAGACUUUAAGCUCGAGAGAAUUAAAAGCCCUCCGAAAUCACCAAAAUCCAGUCUUUCACAGAAUCAAAGAAGCCCUGUGAUGGUACCUGAGAAAUGGUUUGACUCAAUUAAUCUACCUCACUGCCACAGUACCUCCAACCCACCUGUCUCAAUUCAGUCACCUUCUAGUCGUAAAGCUCGAUCCAUCAGCACAGCCAGUGCAGAAAUCCACACCAGGGAUUUAUACAAUUUCGACUCAGACGACAGCGAAGACAAUAGUUACAGUUUCAUGUGCCCUAGUGUUCCCAAAGUGACCCUUAAAGCCAAAUCUCCGAGUGGAUCUGACGUCGUUUCACAUCCACACAAUCUUGUGAUAUCACCCAGUGUUCAUUUGCAACGCCAGCUUGCCUUCAGCGUUAACAAAGCUAGUCCCUUACUGAACAAUAGCCAAGCAUUGAAUUGUCCCACCUCUGCAGAAAGUCCAAAAUUAACAUUUGAGCAUAUUCAGUCCACUCGAGGUAUUUUUGGACUGGGUCGCUCUUUCUUUUCUCCGAGUAACAGUGAAAAUAGUUUUGGUGGUACCAGUAGCAGUGCUGAGAGUGUGAUUGUGCAGGUCAACGAUGCUAGAACUGUCACUCAUUCAUGGAGAAAAUUCUCCUACCAUGGUGAUGCAGCUGUGGACUCUACGCUUGUUAUAGAAGAUGACUUUGACCUGACCUACAGAAGUGUUCUACCAGCAGAGGUUCGAGGGACCAAGAACAGACAACUCUCGCUCAGUCUUGACCCAGCAAAUGAUGGACAUAAAGAGCAGAUUUGUGUGAAGCAGCUGACCUUUGACAUCGAACAUUACAUGGAGGAAGCAAUACGGAGUGCUGCCCCUUGGGCAGAUCGAUAUAUUGCCUUCACCAACUAUGAUCUACAAAUACUGGAUGUUUAUCCUGAUAGAAAUGAAGUGCUGGCCAAAGUAUUCGCUCUGAUAUCUGCAAGGGAAGAUGGCAAGAAAAGGAAAUUCUAUAAACGAAGCAAAAGUCCAGAAAAACUUUACCAGACCAGUUUUACCUUUGAACUCAAUAUUCAAUCAGGUGUGUAUGAGACCCUUGUGAUUGAAGACCUUUCUCUGAUGGAUGAUAAGGACCUGAGGAGCAAGGAUUGGAAGCCUGGUUUCAGAGAGAAUGCGUUGCUAAGACGUCAAGUGUUCAUUCCACAGUCAUUGAAGCGAAGUGUACAUGUGCUGUCCAAUGAAGCCGUUUUCAAGGGGAAGUCUCUACAGAUGAUCCUGUUUCCUGAGCAUUUCACAGCACUGGUCCUGUAACUAGGUCACAUAGAAUAGAAGCUUCAUUGAGAGCUACGCUGGAAGUUAGAAGUUAUCAAAAACUGUGCUAAAUACAGAAAAUGUGUUAUGUGAAAAUGGGUUUUAUGGCAUAUGCAGCCAGUGCUGCACCAGACUAUCCUGGGCAUUCACGCAUUCUGAUAAGAAGCUACCCUUUCUGCUAUCAAGUCACGCAAGGUUUCAUGGUAUCAUUAUCAGAGAGUGAACACGCAGGUAGGUCUGGUCCUACACUGGCUGUGUAUGGCAUAAGACCUUAUUUUGCAUGACUCGUGGCAGACGGUGGUUUCAGAAAGCCUUGACAUCAUGGUAAGCCACAGCCAGCUACAUUGUCAGACAUUCUAUUCAUGUUAGAGUUCUGUGAAUUCAAAAACUGACCAUGAUGUAUAGUGAUAUGUUGAUUUUAUGUGUGACUAGAUUUUGUUCUUAGACACUGGCACCAACUUUGUUGAAGGUCGUGCAGAUUUAGGGAUACUUGCAUAUACCAUGUUCACUUGUGACAUUUUGUUAGAAUUUGUAAGCUCAAUGAUUAUUGUCAAAGCGUAUCUUGUUCAAUUUAAAGAUUCAAUUAUUAAAAUAUUUAAAAAUAUUCAAUAAUUUAGUUAAAAUUCAAGUAAUAAACACCAGUAAAUACGAUAAUAUUUAACACCAGAGUAAGCUUUUUGUUAAUGUGUAUCUGGUAUGUCAUUGUCUAACCAGUAUAAUAAAAUGAAAUACAUUUCAAACAAUAGUCAAAUGACACUAAGCGGUGACAAUGUAAAUAUUGAAACAUCUAAAAAUAAGAAUAUGUAUGGCCCCUAUGAGCUUGUUGAAUGAAGAAGAGUGAUGCAAAAAGGGCAAAUUUCAUCAUUAUAGGAUAUUUUGUUACUUGAGUAGGAUGGAUUAAUUUAUGUUUCCUUGACAAAAUUCAUUAUUUUAAGUAUUGCCUUUUAGCCCAUGCUCUGGUCUUCUAUUAUAAGGCUGUAAAGCUGAUAUCAGGGGUGUGAUUUUUCCGCGGAUUUCCGCGGAUCGGGUUGUCCCGGAUGUCACUUCUGAGAUUUGCGUAAAUUCGUUUCUAAAAAUGUGGAGGAGAAGGGCUACUACCGAUUCCACGGACGUAUUUCAUAAGCGGCCCUAAGUAUCCGCGGACCGCGAAAUCUCUCCGCAUUUUACACUGGUAGAUUCUGCCUAAGCAUUUUUAAAUCGAGCCAUAUAAUUGGCUGUCGUUUCCCAAUCUUCCAAUUAAAAUUGUGUUCUUAAAAUGCGCUCUGUGAUUUGUUUGCAAAUGGCGCCGUUGUGAAGAGAAAAUUAAGAUUAUUGAAAUAACAAAUAGCAAUCGAAUAAACGACUGACAUCACCUAGUCUGAUAGGAAUAAUGAAAUGUGUUUGUCAAAAAAAAGACUACGUUUUAAAUACAAGCAACACAUAUUUUGUAAAGAAAUGUGCCCACUGAAUUUGUGUCACGGAAACCGGUGUUUCACUGUUUGCAAAUUGGAGUGUAGUCUACUCGCGAAGUAAAACAAUUUAGAGAGUAUCGUUCGAACAUGGAAAUAGACAAACAUGAUUUGAUUUUUAUAUGUCAGUGGGUCUGUGUAUAAUCAGAUUCAUAUGCAUAUUCUGCUUUAUUAUGUUUGUCACGCUGUUCAGUUAACAGAAAUAGCUUUGAACUGAGUGAAGAUGUGAAAUGCAAGAUAUUGAAAGGUAAACAAAUUAAAUAUAUUAAUUUAACUCAGUUAAUGCAUCAUUAACACCAGAAGAACACUCAAGUGUGUUUGUUUAUAUUUAGUCUAUUAACUGUCAUUCAAUACAUUGAAAAUCUGCUGCUAUUGAUCACAAUAAAUACUUAACUGUUUACUUUGCAUCCUCAGUAUGUUAAAUGUGAAGUUUAACAGGUUUUUAUAAAGAAAUAUUGUUAUGAAGUUCAAAAAGUUGUUUAUUUUAAUGUCUGUUUUUAUGUUUGUCAUUGCGUUAUGUGCGCCAUUCGCGUAGUCAAAAUCAGUCUACAUAAUUUUCCUCCCCUCUGACUUUGCCUCAAUCACACCCCUGGAUAUGUAAACAAACAAUUAUUUACAAUUCAAAAUACUUUACAUAAAUCAAAUAUGUAAAAGAUAUAUGUAUGGGAAUAACAUGUUAUAAAUGUUAAUUUUUUUAUCAUUUUUUUGUUUCUUUUUUAAUCAUCCCUCAUAUUCUAUGUCAAUUUCAUUCUUCAGUCUUCAGUUUAAGUAUCAUGUAUUUUACCUCAUGUCAUGGACAAUUAAUAGUUUGUUUUACUAGACCUGACUCGAUCAUUAUAUAUUUUUUAGUAUUGCUUGUGCUUUGUUCAUUAUGGGAAAAAUAGAAUAAUUCACUGUGAUGGAAGACCACCAUCUUUGAGCAGUCUUCAAGCAUGCUAACAUAGGCUAAAAAGCCUUAGACAAGUUUGCUGCCUGUCUAGUAUCUAACAAGUGCAUAUGCUUGUUUUCUUGUAUAAAUGCUGUUGAUAUGAAUAAUGGCUAUUGAAAAUUUUACUUUACAUACUUUUAUCAAUGCUUUUGUUAUGUUAAGGCCAUUUGAAAAUGUUCUUUUUUGAAAGACUUCACUAUUUUAUCUUGCAUUUCACUGGGUUGUGCUUGUUUUACACUUUUACAAGUUUUAGACAUUAAAUCUGAAAUAUUAUACUUAAUUAUUACCAGGUGUUGUGAUUUCUUAACUUAGAUGCACUAGUGCAGGUGAUUGACGACGUAGGCUGUCUUGGCAGCGAAGUGGUUGGUUUACUUGCUUCUGACCUAGGUUUGUUUCCUGUUUGGGGGCACAUUAGCAUUGUUAGUGGUCACGCCCACCAUAAUGCAGCAUAAGGUUUCGAAGGACCUCAUUAACCAAAUGCAAUAAAACAUUUACAGAAAGCUUGUUAUUUGAAACUACAAAGUACAAUACAAAUAAAAACUUAUAUUUAUUCUUGCAAUUUAUGUUAAAGUAAUGGCAUUUAAUAGUUGUUUUUGAGGUUUGAUUAUCUUACAGUAUGAAUAUUAUACAGUUGAAUGUUUUUUGUGUGUAAAAUAGCAAUAUAAACAGUAUUAGUAACAAACGUUUCCUUCUGACACAUUGAAGAUUUUUGCUACCACCAAUUAUUUUUAUGUUGUUUUCAUUGUAUUUAGUCGUUUUUGUUUUGUUGUAUUUUUUUAUUGUCAUUUGCUUGUUGUUAAUGAUUAUGUAUGCAGUUUUAAUUUCUGUAGUCUUUAAAUUCCUUACUUUACUAAGCAAAAUUUUACUUUUUUACCCCAUUUUUUUAAUGCAACCACUUAAUUUGUUUUCAACAUAUUAAAGUGUACUUAAGUUAGGCCAACACGCAAGGGCAAUCCAUUUACAUGUAUGUAGAAUCAGUAAUUAACAAAAGCAGUUUGAUCAAGCAAGCCUAAAUUGUUGUACGAUUACUCGAGACAAAGACGAUGUUACAUGCCUGCCUACAUGGAAAUAGAAUCUGAGGCAGCCUGGUUUAAAAUUCAUUAGUCGCAGACUAAGCAGGCAUGUGGUUAUCUUGAUCGAUGUUAAAUUGAGGAAAUCAUUAGUAAUUGCUCUGCUCAUAAAUGCACAUACAAUUAUUCACAAGUAUUUACAUACAUUAAGUUCCUAUGUACAUUAUCACUUCACCCACUGGUCAUGUUACAAACUUUGUAAUACGAAAAUGCAGUCUUUCUACAUAUGUCAUUUGAUAUUGUUCAAUUGUAACACUGUGAAUUUGUUUUGACAUGUUUUAUGUUGUUGUUAAUGCAUUAUUGUAUUUGAAGAUGCGUAAAGAAAUACAGAUUUAGCCUUGCUGAUUGGUACAUGUACAUUCAGAUGUUUUUAUUGAUUAGACUUUUGAUCUGCAAGACAUAAACAAAUAAAUAUAUAAUGUCACAAAGAAAUGUUCUUAUUGAUAAAUGCAACCAAAUUUGAUUUCAAUUGCCGAGUAUUUGAAGAAGAAUAAUGACUUCGCUAGUUCACCUUGUAAAUAGUUGACAAAAGGCGAAAUAAAACGCUUGUUAUUUUGUCAAUUACUUUAUUAUUUUGUUUCAAGAUGAUAAAAUGAACACAGAAAUUGUUUCCAUGCACAAUCAAAACAUGGCAAAUAUAACAGAAUGCAUGAUGUACAUGUACAUCCAUCACAGGAAAAGAAUAUUUACAAUUUCAAUUUAGGUACAUACAUGCAAAUACUAUUUAAAAGAGCAUUUAAGAAGUGUCCAUAUGGUGAAAUUGGGUAUAACACCGUACUUCACUGUGGUACAAUCAUAAAUGUUUUACAAAAGAAAGCAGUCAGAUGAUAAAAAUGAAACAUACCGCCAUUUUGUAUAUUUCUUUACAUGCGUUAACUUUAAAAGCCCAGUGAGUCGAAUAUUCACUUGGCAGACUACAUUUGUUUAUACAACAUCAAAACUUGUAAAGGAAGAAAACUAAAGAAAGAAACUGCUAAAAGCAUGCACCAGCAUCACACUAGUCUUGUCAACUUUUGGCAACAAAAGACAAAUUGACAUCUGCAAAGAAUUGUAUUUCUGACUGUACUUUCUUGUUAAUGUUAAAAACGCACAAAUUAUUGUAAUGUACAUGUCAAACUUCAAUUUAGUAUUAAGGCAAUUUUUUGAUGUCUGUAAUAAAGUUAGGGUAACAUAGAAUCAAUUUUGAUUAAAGCAUAUUUAGCACUUCAAUAGUACCUGAUAAGCCACAUCACAUUUACAUCUUCAAUUAACAAAUAUCUCAAUGUAAUAGUAAACUUGAAUUGUGAUAUAUAUUAUUUAUACAUUUUUUACAUGAACAAUAUGA